UGAAAUCGACGGUGGAAGCGACCAGGUUCACGCUUUCGAGGUGCAAUCCCGUUUGAACUCGUCUGACUACACGUUCGAUACAAAAAGUUCCUAUAAUAUUUAAGAAUAUAAUCACAUUGAAAUAGUACAAAAAUAACGUUUCUAUGGACUCACUUCCAUAAAGCAACUAAUAAAAAUAACUCAAGAAAUACUAUAUACAUUUAAGAAACAAAAACAAAGCAAAUGAUCAAAGCAUUUAUCCAACAUGUAAACCUUAAUCGCUAAUUCAAUAACCAAGAAACAAACCAACAAAAUAAUUCAAUUUACAUAUGAAGAGCAGAAAGCAGAGUCGAAUCGAAUCCCUAUAAGUCUCAGAAUUUCAUCGACGAAACGAUAAAUUCAUUGACAUUAUUCCCAGGACGGAUCCAUAAACAAUCGACCAUAAAAUUUUGCUAUGGGGGUGAAUGACUCACCUAAUUUUAUCGUUUUCCAAUACUAAUGACGGCUCUCCAAUGUCCAGUUCUGAUGUUAAAACUUUCAAUGGCAAAAUAGUAUACAAUCUUGAUGGCAGUGCGUUUAUUAUCGAUGCAGGGAAUGCGAAUGUCCCUUCCUGCACAAGUUUAACAUCUACAACGCUUACCAGCUCACUGUCGUCUACUUUCGAUGCGCAUUUAGUUGGACUAACGUCGACGUAUACAACUAAAACUGAAAAUAGAACGGGAGGUGGAAAACGCGCCCAAGGAACAUCAUUGGCAUUGGCAAAUAAAGUCAGACUUUUGCAGGAUCAAAUCGUUGAGGAAAACGGAGUUGUAAAGGACUAUCAUCAACUAAGUCCAAAAAUUCACUCGUUUCGUGUGGUCUCCGCUCAAGAUGUCAACGCAUAUUGCGAGGACGGAGCUAAUGUAUUUCAAACGCAUUCGCACAAGCCCAUAUUGAUGUGCUUUAUCUGUAAAUUGUCAUUUGGAAACGUUAAUUCAUUUAGUUUGCAUGCGAAAGCAGAGCACGCGCUUAAUCUGGUGGAGCUUGAACAGCAGCUGCUAAAACGCGAAUAUUCCAGUGCCAUCAUCCAGCGAAAUAUGGAUGAAAAGCCUCAGAUAUCAUUCCUUCAGCCACUUGAUCCAGUCAACGCCAAUGUCGGUGAUUCUGGAAAUGGCUGCAAUUUGGUGGAGACUUCAGCAGUUAUAGCUCCUAAGCGUUGUCCCCGACAGGAUGGUGAUCGCAACGAUGAUCAUCGAAAUGACGACGAUGAUAAUAUUAGCGAUGAUGGCGAAAACGAUAUUGAAAAGGACGACGAAAAGAAAGAAAAUGCAGAUAAGACGAUUGCAAUAUCUAAAGUAGCAGUCAAUAGUACUGUGAAACUUAGUUCCUCAAAUCCAGCAACAAUAAAGACUAAUAACACCCCUUCAAAAUCAACAAGCUACAAUACAAAUACAAUCAGAACAACGACAACAACAUCGACAUUGACAUCUACAACGGCACCUUCAUUACAGUCAUCAUCAUCAACAAAUCUAAUGUGUGUCUCAUCUGCGUCUAUCUCUGCACCAGCUUUAGCUUCAGCAUCGUUGCUAAUUGACUUGGAAGUGCUGCGGCAGAAAAGUGAUGAUUCGCCUUUGGCAACUCGAACUGAUAAUCUAAGUAGCGAUAAGUUGAUACCAAUUGAACCCACAUCUUUCAUGAGUUCAAUAUCCCCUACAUCACGUCCACACCCAGAUGAUGCUGCUCAUUCCAACCAUUCGACAGCAGAAGCUCCGGAUGCAUCAGAAGCCAUCGGAACAACUGCGGCGGACAUAUUGCAUCAGCAUCUAAUUUCCCUGCAAGGACAACAGCAAUCAGUGCAUUCCACUGGCGGUAUCUUCCCACCGAUAGAAGCUCCAGCUCACACGCAUCUUAGUUCCUUUCAUGCAUCCCUGGCUGCACUGGCAGCAAACGAGCAAAAUGCUAGGAGUGUCAAACUACUUUCGGACUUUCUUCAACAACAACUUCAAAAUCAACAGCAGCAGCUACAUAUGCUCCCCAGCAAAUGCCCCGAACAUACAGACUUUAAAGGAGUCGAUUGCAAAACAUGCGAGUUAAUAGAUAUUCAAACUCGCACCAAGUCACCAGGUACACUACAAUCUUCAACUCAAUGUCAACCACAAAGAUCUCCUAAUACCAGUUCUUGGGGAUUGACAACUCCGAUGCCCAUGCCCAUCUCCCCUAGUGCAUCAUCAGGUGUCAAUAUGGGCAGCACGACGACUGCGUCCAGCUUCACAAUUGGUGCCUGCUCUGAUCAUAUUAAUGGACGUCCUCAAGGAGUCGACUGUGCUCGUUGUGAAAUGCUUUUGAAUUCUGCCCGCUUAAAUAGUGGAGUCCAGAUGUCAACACGUAACUCAUGCAAGACCCUUAAAUGUCCGCAAUGUAAUUGGCAUUAUAAAUAUCAGGAGACAUUAGAGAUUCAUAUGCGCGAAAAACAUCCGGAUGGGGAAAGUGCCUGUGGUUAUUGCUUAGCAGGUCAACAGCACCCACGACUGGCAAGAGGUGAGUCCUACUCAUGUGGUUAUAAGCCAUAUCGCUGCGAAAUCUGCAAUUAUUCCACGACGACCAAGGGCAACUUGUCUAUUCACAUGCAGUCCGAUAAGCACCUAAAUAACAUGCAGGAGUUAAACAGCUCACAGAAUAUGGUUGCCAAAUUACUGCUGCCCAGUUCCAGUUCUUCCCAGUCACAAGGAGUCGGUCUGUCGGCGACAUCUCAGCAACAGCUGGCUUCGUUGGGGUCUGGCUCAGGCUCUGGAUCGUCGUCCAGUGGCAGCAUCAGUAAUAAUGCCACCAACAGCAAUGUAAAUAAUACUUCAGGUUCGCCUGCGUUGCCGUCGUCGUCUUCGUCAGGAGUUUCGGCCAAACCAAAACCUUCAUUUCGUUGCGAUAUAUGCAGCUAUGAGACAUCUGUGGCGCGUAAUCUACGCAUUCAUAUGACCAGUGAGAAGCAUACCCACAAUAUGGCUGUGCUCCAAAAUAAUAUCAAGCACAUUCAGGCCUUCAACUUGCUGCAGCAACAGCAAUUGGGACCUGUAGCUGGAGCUGGUGGAAGUGCCAAUAGCUUUCUGCCUGUCUCAGAGGUGGCAUUGGCCGAUUUGGCUUAUAACCAGGCUCUGAUGAUUCAACUAAUUCAACAGAAUGCAGCCGUUCAACAACAGCAGCAACAAAAUGCCACAAAUUGCACCAAAACGUCACCCACUUCGCCACCGACAGUUAGCAGUACUCCUGAUCAAUUCACAUACUCGCCAAAAGCAUUAAGGAUGGGCUUGAGUAUGGGCAUGGGUAUAGCGACACAUUCAAGCGAAUCUUCAUCGGGCGAUACGGACACAACACAAUCAGCCCUCUCGUCCAGCAGCUUGCCAGAUUUGUGGCCAACCGCGAUGUAUAGUUGUCAAGUAUGCGAGUGCUUUAGCACCAACAAUAUGGAUGAACUUAACCAGCAUUUAUUAUUGGAUCGCUCACGACAAUCGUCGAAUAAUUCCCCCGAAGUAAUGGUCAUUCAUAACAACAAUUAUAUAUGCCGAUUAUGCAACUACAAGACGAAUCUAAAGGCAAACUUUCAGUUGCACAGCAAGACAGAUAAACACUUGCAAAAGUUGAGCUUCAUCAAUCAUAUUCGCGAGGGCGGUGCAAGGAAUGAAUAUAAGCUGCAGCAGUAUCAUCAACCUCAACUAGCUACAAACGUGGUACAAUUAAAGUGCAAUUGCUGUGACUUUCACACCAACUCCAUUCAGAAGUUAUCGUUGCACUCACAGCAGAUGCGACACGACACCUUGCGCAUGAUAUUCCAACAUUUACUUUAUUUAAUUCAGCAAAAUCAUAUGCGAAAGCUAGUGCAGGAUGUGCCAAUGGAUCAACAUGAGGACCACCAACCUCAAAAGCUGUUAAGCUGCCAGUUGUGCAAUUUUCGGGCCAAGAACUUGUAUGACAUGAUUGUGCAUGUGAAAGGACUGCGGCAUAUGCAGGUCGAGCAAUUCAUUUGCUUACAGCGGCGAAGUGAAAAUCUCGAGAUGCUUGCUCUUAACGAAGUAUUUAAAAUUUACGAUGAAUCAUCAAGCAACAAUGAGGAUGGAAAUUUGGGUGUUGGACUAAACUUGUCAGCAACAGUGGAAUUGGUCGAAGGAUUAGAAGCAGAUUCUGCAUCAGUCAGUUUAACAUUGGCAGAUAAUAAUAUAUUUUCCCCAGCUUCCAUAUCGAGUGGUUCUACAAUCGGUUGCAAAAAUACAAAUCUGAAUCAAAAUUCAAAUACAAAUGAAGCGACAACAGUUUUUAAAUGUAAUCUCUGUGAAUUUUUACCAUCGAAAAAGGAAAUGAUUUUGCAUUUGGAGGCAAUGCAUCCAACAGCAGAAAGCGACGAUUUCAUUAGCAUACCAACCAACACUACGGCGUUGCAGGCAUUUCAAACAGCUGUGGCGGCUGCUGCACUUGCGGCAGUUCAACGUUGCAGUAUCACGCCCACAACAGCCGCAAAUGAGGGAGAAGAUGUUGACAUAUCUCAUGCAAGUGCAACUGCAGUUAGUCUUGAUUGUGGUCCUGGUCUUGGCCAUUUUAAUAUUAAGCGGGAGCAGCUAGAUAGCAAUGAAAAUAGAGCCGAUGAACAGGAUAACACAGAUAAGAACUCUAACGAUUUAGAAUCUCAACGGGGUAUGGAUGAAUUGCGACCAAUGAUAGCGGCAUCAUAUUCUGAGGUGUCUUGCCCAUUAUGUUUGGAGCAUGGCUACAGUGAAAGAUCCUUAUUAGAGGCACAUCUGAUGAGUGUGCACAAUGUGAUGCGUGAUGGUUUGGACAGAUUACUGCAGCUUGUCGACCACAAGACCUGGCAACGAUCGGCAUCAUCGUCGUCUUAAAAAAUUGAAGACGAGGAAUUGCCCAAAGGAAAUGCCGACAAUCAUGCAACUGCAACCACAUCCACAAUAACGUCAUCCAACAUCACGACGACAUAUUCCUCUUCUACUGGAGGUGACAUUGGAAUCGUACAGGGCAUUUGUUGCCAACAAUGUGACUCCUCGUUUAAGCACGAGGAACAGCUACUACAACAUGCCCAGCAGACGCAGCAUUAUCCAACGCAAAACAAUGAGUACGUUUGCUUAGCCGUUUGCCACGUGCAACGUCCGUGUUUUAUGAGAUUCCAAACACUCCCGUCAAUGUUGGCUCACUUCAAGGAUGUACAUAUGAGUCUCGUGUUCUCUGAGCGACAUGUUUAUAAAUAUCGUUGCAAACAAUGCUCGCUGGCAUUUAAAACGCAGGAGAAACUGACAACACACAUGUUGUACCACACCAUGCGAGACGCCACCAAAUGUUCCCAGUGUCAGCGCAACUUCCGCACUACUCAAGCUUUGCAAAAGCACAUGGAGUUGGCGCAUGGCACCGCCGAUGAUGUUCCACGAGAUCUGGUCUCACCUGUAUGCAAUGCAAAUAAUGAUAUAGACAAGCUGCCAAACGAUACAAACAUUUUUGACUUAACUACCAGAGCACCUAGCGAACAAGCUGUGAAAAUGAGUGAGAUAGUAAAAAUACUUCGGAUCGUUCGCGAUCACCGAUCACCGAGCGAGAAUCGCCAGCGAAUGGAUCGAUUCGAGCUUCAACAUCUCCGUUACCAACUGAACAGCCAACAAUUAGCCGCAUUAAGAGCCUCAUUGGUUAAGAAGCAAGAGCAAGACGUUGAAUUUGUUGACGCAGUCGAUGCACAGCUGGCAUGUCAAUUACAAGGAAAAGGUCAGCACAUACAACAACAGCUGCAGGACAAUUUGCGAACGAUGAAUUCGCAAGGUCUGCAAAGUCUUCAAAAUUUCCAGCAAGUGCAACAACAAAUAAGCAAUGCAGCCGCCGUAUCGGGCAUGCCUAUUAAUCCAGUGGACAUGCUCAACCUAAUGCAAUUCCAUCAUCUCAUGUCGCUAAAUUUUAUGAAUCUGGCACCGCCAUUGAUAUUUGGAGCCAACUCUGCCUCUACCGGUUGUAGUACCCCGUCAACAGUAACGGCAGCUUCGACAGUUGCACAGAAUAAUAAAAUUUCAAACAUCUCUUCGACGGGACCAGGAGAGAUCUCAACAUCUGCGACAGUGGAAGUCCCUUCUAAUAUAAACACUAUUCUUGGACAGUCAACUGGUGGUAACAAUCAGCAACAAUUAUCGAACAAUCAAAAGCGAGCUCGCACCCGAAUCACAGACGACCAACUCAAAAUUCUACGUGCCCAUUUCGACAUUAAUAACUCACCUAGCGAAGAAAGUAUUAUGGAAAUGUCGCAAACUAAUUUGCCGAUGAAAGUGGUGAAGCAUUGGUUUCGCAAUACAUUGUUUAAGGAACGGCAACGCAAUAAGGAUUCACCCUAUAACUUUAAUAAUCCGCCAUCAACUACACUUAAUCUAGAGGAGUACGAACGCACCGGUAAUGCAAAGGUGACAUCUCUAACCGAUACUGCAGCCAUAACUCCAAUAUCAACAACAACUUCAUCAGUAUCAGUUGGGCCAGGUGCAGAAAUUACGACUAUCUCAGCAAACGCUGCAGCUUCGGAGUCUACAAUCACAAAUGAAUCUUCCUCGCGUUCAACGGUAAAUGUACUCAACAAUUUAUCAGACUGUUUCCAAACGCACCAAGUCGAAAUGGGAUUCACCAAACCCGAACAGUCAGAUGAUUUUGGGAAUAUGUCAUUGCCACUUGACGUCCAAAUUAAGACUGAGUUUCAAGAUGACAAUUUAACUACCGCGUUAGAGAAUCAACAUCAACAGCUUCAACAGCAACAGCAUCCAUUUCAAUUUAAAGCAGCAAAAGGAGACACAACAGCAGAAUCACUGGAAAACAUGCAUGAUCAGUCACCAAGUACAUCGUCUCAGCAACUUCACCAGCAACAGCAGCAGCAACAGCAAGUUAAUUGCUUCGAGACCAAGUCGGAGAGCGGCAGUUCUGAUAUACUUUCCCGCCCACAAACUCCCAAUCUUUAUAACAGCAUGAAUGAUUUGCUUAGCCAACAGUUGGACCACAUAGGCAGUAACAUGGGACCACCAAAAUUACAAACAGCUGGUAAAUCAUUUGAGAAACUAACAGGAUCAAUCGCACCGGGAGCUGCAACCUGUUCACAACUGGACAAUAAUUCAUCAAAUUCGUCGAAUUCAUCCUCUUCGACGUCGGGUGGUAAGCGAGCAAAUCGAACGCGUUUCACCGAUUAUCAAAUCAAAGUACUGCAGGAAUUUUUCGAAAAUAAUUCGUAUCCAAAGGACAGUGAUUUGGAAUAUUUGAGUAAAUUGCUGUUGCUUUCCCCACGUGUAAUUGUCGUUUGGUUCCAAAAUGCUCGUCAAAAACAGCGCAAAAUCUAUGAAAAUCAGCCGAACAAUUCGGUAUAUGAGUCCGAAGAGAAAAAACAAAACAUAAAUUACGCAUAAAAAUGUAACUUAGUUUUUCAGCGAUAUUAUGAGUUGAUACGGCAUCAGAAGAACCAUUGCUUCAAGGAGGAGAAUAAUAAAAAGUCAGCCAAAGCACAAAUUGCUGCGGCACAAAUCGCACAAAAUUUGAGUUCAGAGGAUUCCAAUUCAUCCAUGGAUAUACACCACAAUCCAGUUCCAGUUGGAGUGGGAGCUGUAGGCUUGUCGCAAAAUGUUGCAGCUGCCGCUGCUGUUGCAGUUGCCGCUGCCGCAGCUGCUGCGCAUUCGCAGUUUACUUCGUCGCCAUCGCCGCAGCAUUUGUUCAGCAAAUCAUCAUCGCUAACUGAUUUCAGUCCAUCGACGACACCAACGCCACCACAACGAGAACGCAGCAAUAGUUUAGAUCAACAACAACCACAACAGUCACAGAGAUUGCUCAAGCUUGAGUGCGAUAAAUGUGAACUGCAAUUUAAUCACUUGGAUUCUCUGCGCGAGCAUCAAUUAAUGCACUUAAUGAAUCCAGGACUUUUUAACUCAUCCGAUCAGGCAUCUUAUGGUCCCUUCGGUAGCAUUUUGCAAAGUCUACAACACGCUGCACAACAACAGCAGCUGCAUCAGCAACAGCAUUUACAACAGCAUGACAAAAAGCGAAAAAUCUCGGAUAAUGCAGAGGAUGCAACAUCUUUAAGUGAAUUUGAAACGUCAAGCAUCAGCAAUUUUAACAAGAGUUACGAAUUUCUUUUUCAAUACUUUAUGUUAUAUGAAACCAAUACUGAGACUAAACAGCAAUUCUUAAACCAACGACAGCAGCAACGGACUGGCGGUGCACAAGAUGAGCUUGACUUCUUAAGCAAUUUUUAUCAGCAAAGUGAGCUAAAGAAAAUUAAUAGCUAUGAUUUACUACAAUACUAUCGGCAACACAAUGAAGAGACACAGCAAAAGGAGCAGCAAUCAUCAUUUAGCUCGAAAAAGCCAACAAUAGAAUUUCUGCUGCAAUACUAUCAACUUAAUGAGUCGAAAAAGUUUUUCAGUUAGUUGCCUCGACCAACAGAACAGCUGAUGGUCAAACUGAUGAUGAAACGGUACCGUCGUCACAGCAGCCGAAUGUGGCGACGGAUGAAACUCACAAGUAUAUCGGCAAGCGAGAAGAACAUGAAAAAGCAAAACAAAACAGAUGAAAUUUAUUCUAAAGCGAAGUCGCACACAAAUGGAGGAGCUACAAUGGGAAACCAUAAAAGGAAUUGUCAAAAUGGACUUCCCAGUACUGAAACUAAUAAUGAUUCUAUUGAACCACUCAAUAAUAAUAAUCAUAUCAAUGCUAACUUAGGUGCGGCUUUAGGCAUACACUUCGAUCUAACAAGACAUUCUUCGAUAACUGAUAAUGCAACUGAAAAUGAUAUUGUUAAAGAUAAUGAGCGACCUGAUGAUGAUGGGUCAAAUAUGGGAAUUAAUAGCGAUACAAAAUUUAAUCACAUUGGACUUUUACGCAGCAGCGAAAAAGUUAGACAUUCAAGCGAUGUAGAAAAGUCGCAAUAUUUUCAAAACCUAGAAGAAUUUCUUGAUGCUACAAUGAUAGAAAACAACUCUCAAAUGUUAACAUUCAACGACGAUGAUACGAAUCCAACUAAAAUUGAAAAUAUUAACACAUCUGCCUCAGUCAUUAUCAAUGGCAAUACAAAUACGAGUGCAAAUGACUCUCUGCCCUCUGAUUCGUCAUCAGUGCAGUUAAAUGCCCCGUCAAAACAAAAUAAACGUCUGAGAACAACAAUUCUGCCAGAACAAUUGAAUUUCCUUUAUGAGUGCUAUCAAACUGAAUCGAAUCCCAGUCGCAAAAUGUUGGAGGAGAUUUCCAAAAAGUUAAUCUUAAAAACGCGUAGUUCAGGCAAUAAGAAUGUUACGAGGCGAGUGUGCUCGAUUGUGUGGUUUCAAAACUCACGGGCAAAGGAUAAGAAAUCUCGGAAUCAGCGUCAAUACUCGCACAUUUCCGAUGACAACAACAGCAUUGAUGGAUCCAACAGCAAAGAAACCGGAAACAGCAACCACAACUCUAAAUAUAAAUGUAGUCGUGAACUAGCCGCCGUACAAGAAAGCAAAGUGAUCACAUCCUCCAGCGCUGCAUCAGUUGAUGGAGAGCAACCUCAAAAGUUGUUGCAAGACUGUCAAUUGUGCCAAAUGCCCCAGGUUAAUAUGCAAACGCAUGCCAUUAGCGUCCAGCACAUUUGCAAGAUGAAGGCAUUUAUCGAGCAAACCAGCGAACUAUAUAACCAAAGUAAUGCCAGCGGUAGCGAAGACAACGAUUCUGACCGGGAGAAACGCUUCUAUAGUCUCUCGAAAGCAUUUUUACUGCAACAUGUUGUCAAUAAUAUGACGAGCAGCACUUUGACAUCCACAGCUAUAAAUGAAAAUCACUGUGUGACAGUGUCUGAGAUGGACGAGGACUUAUCUGGCGCAAUGGCAAAUGACUCUAGCAAUAACGACAAGAUCAAGGAGAAAGGAAAUGUCCAGGAAAACGGAAAUGGAAAGGUAACAGCAGUUGGCACCGCUUUCACCCCAAUCGAUAUAACUGUAAACGAUCAUAUUAACAACGACGAAGACGAAGAAAUGAGCGAGAUUAGCAAAAGAAAUCUUCGGCAAAUCGUGAUCUUAUGCAACAGUUGUUUAACCGCAAUCACAUUACCGGUAAGAGUUGCGGAAGAAACUUUCCAAAAGUGCAACUUCAUAACAUAAAUACAUAUAUAUUUUUUUAUUACGAUUAUCCUAAAAGUGCAUUUAUUAUUAUGAUUUGGCGUGGAAUUUAAAAUAUAAUUGUAUCAA